UAUGUUCAAGUCUAUUUGCCGAAAUUCCAUCUUGAUGUUGAACUAUCUCUGAAUGAGGCAUUAAAGAGUUUGGGCGUUGUUGAAAUAUUCCAGAAAGCCAAUUUCUCAGCAAUGACCGAUUCUAAAGUGGACUUGAAAGUUGACAACAUCUUUCAGAAAUCUAUGAUUGAGGUGGAUGAAGAAGGAUCAGCUGAUGUUGCUCCCCAAGAUUUGGGAUUUUCGUUUUUGAGAUUUCCUAUUGAGAUUGUUAUACGAAUAGAUCAUCCGUUUGUGUUUUUAAUCAAAGAUCGCGAUAAGAUUUAUUUGGCUGGUCGUGUUACUAUGGAAUAACAUAAUUUAUUUAUUUACGUGUUUAAUUAUUAUACAAUUUUUAUAUAAUAAUAUAAUAACUAAAAGAAAAGAGU